CCUUUGAAGUCUCAAACGCGCUACAUUUAUCUAAACAUGAAGUUCCUCAUCGUCUUCGUCGCCCUCUUCGCUGUGGCUCUGGCUGAAGACGUGCUCAUUGUAAAGAACGAAUUUCAUGUUGGAGCCGAGGGCUACAAAUAUGCUUGGGAAACAUCUGAUGGCCAGUCCGCCCAAGAGCAGGCCGAACUUAAGAAUCUUGGCACAGAGCAGGAGGCUAUUUCCGCUAAGGGCAGUUACAGUUUCGUUGGCGACGAUGGUCUGACCUACACAGUCAACUAUAUUGCCGAUGAGAACGGUUUCCAGCCUCAGGGCGCUCAUUUGCCCGUGGCACCAGAAGCUUAAAUAUCUUCUUUAAGUGUUUAAUAAAAUGAUUGUUUUUCCAAAA